AUGUCCUGGUACCGCAACGCUGUGUGGUUCGUGAAGGGGCUGCGGGAGUACACGAGGUGUGGCUAUGAGGCUGCUUCCCUGCACUUCAAUCCAGAUGAUGUGGAGGUGAACGUGGCUGGAAGGUGUUUUCUGGUCACCGGCGCAAACAGUGGCAUUGGCAAGGCCACAGCCAAAGAGAUAGCGAGGAGAGGUGGCACGGUUCAUCUGGUUUGCCGAAAUAAGGAACGGGCUGAGGUCGCCAGAGAUGAAAUAGUGACAGAAACGGGCAAUCAGAAUAUCUUCUUGCAUAUUUUGGAUAUAUCUAAUCCCAAGGAAAUCUGGAAGUUUGCUGAAAAAUUCAAAGCUGAACAUAAAUUACAUGUGUUGAUCAACAAUGCAGGAUGUAUGGUGAAUAACAGAGAAUUAACAGAAGAUGGACUUGAAAAGAACUUUGCAACAAACACUUUGGGUACCUACAUUCUGACAACUGCCCUGCUGCCCCUCCUGGAAAAAGAAGCUGAUGCCAGAGUGAUAACUGUCUCUUCUGGGGGGAUGCUAGUUCAGAAAUUAAACAUAUCUGACUUGCAGUCGGGAAAUGGGACAUUUGAUGGAACUAUGGUGUAUGCACAAAACAAGAGACAGCAAGUUGUCUUGACAGAACAAUGGGCAAAAGCUCACAGAAACAUCCAUUUCUCUGUUAUGCACCCUGGCUGGGCAGACACUCCAGCUGUGAGAUCAGCAAUGCCAGAUUUCUAUGAGAAAAUGAAGAAUUCUCUACGCACUGAGGCCCAGGGGGCUGAUACUGUUGUUUGGUUGGCAGUAUCCUCUGAAGCAACAAAGUUACCUAGUGGCUUGUUCUUCCAAGACAGGCAGCCAGUCUCUACACACUUACCCCUGGCAAGCACUCACAGUCCACCAGAAGAUGAGGAAAAGCUAAUGGAGGUUCUGGAAGAGUUCUCCCAGAAGUUUAAACCCACUUCUCCAGGAACUUAGUGUCACUGCUGACUCUGUGUAACCACAAUGUUUCUAACUGCACAGUAACAGUGCUGUAGUGUGGCUGCUGGUGAGGAGAGCUCUGUAGGAUGCCAUAGGCCUGUCAAAAAUAAAUUGUGUUCAGGUGUCCUCAUCAUGGGGGAGAAUGAUGCCUGCAACCAUUUUUUUUUUUUCUGCUGCUGAGUCUCUCCCAUUGUAAAUAUGCACCAGCUGUCUCAAGACAGUAAGGCUGUAUUCUCUGAUUGGAAGAAAAAUUGGAAAUUAAAAUAAGAACCAAAGCUUUGUGAAGUUAACAUCUUUUAAAA